AUUCAGAAGUUCCUCUACGAUUUAACUUUGAUGAGGGUUAUAAAAUUCUGAUUCGGAAGUUCUUCUACGAUUCAACUUUUGAUGAGGGUUAUAAAAUUCCAAUUCAGAAGUUCCUCUAUGAUUCAUCUUUUGAUGAGGGUUAUAAUAUUCCGCCUUGA